GACUGCUUCUCGGCAACUAGUGAGCUUCGUGCCUCAGUUUCCCCGAUUGCCACGGGGCGUGGUGCCCUGAGGGAGGUUCCUCCAGCCCCCCGCCCCACCGUGGGCCGGACCGGGCCAGCACUGGGCGCUGGUUUGGACUGGGAGUCACGGCCCCAGGCAGCCCCAGCUGAAGCCACUCCAAGAGCUGCUGCCCUGCAACCGGGAGCUGCCCCGGAGCCCCCCGGCCAUGGAAGCCACCACCUCGCUGCUGGACGCCGCGGCCGUCGGGGACCUGGUGCUGUUGGACCCGCUCAACGAGGACUCCCUGCUCCGCACCCUCCAGGAGCGCUUCAAGCGCGGAGACAUCUACACCUACAUCGGGAGCGUGGUGAUCUCGGUGAACCCGUACCGCUCCCUGCCCAUCUACACCCCCGAGACAGUGCAGGAGUACCGCAACUGCAGCUUCUUCGCGGUGAAGCCCCACAUCUACGCCAUUGCCGAUGAUGCUUACCGCUCACUGCGGGACCAGGACCGGGACCAGUGCAUCCUCAUCACUGGCGAGAGCGGGGCUGGCAAGACAGAAGCCAGCAAGCUGGUGAUGUCUUAUGUGGCGGCUGUGUGCAGCGAGGGAGAGGAGGUGGACAAGGUGAAGGAGCAGCUUCUUCAGUCCAACCCUGUGCUGGAGGCCUUUGGAAACGCCAAGACCAUCCGCAAUGACAAUUCCUCCCGAUUUGGCAAAUACAUGGACCUGGAAUUUGACUUCAGGGGGCAGCCCCUGGGAGGAGUCAUCAGCAACUAUCUGCUGGAGAAAUCCCGGAUUGUCCGGCAUGUGAAGGGCGAGAGGAACUUCCACAUCUUCUACCAGCUCCUGGCAGGGGGCUCGCCGCAGCUUCUCCAGCAGCUGAAGCUCCACCAGGACUGCCGGCACUACAGCUACCUGAACCGGGAGAGCUCUGGCCUGCCCGGUGUGGACGACGCAGCCAACUUCCAUGCCAUGCAGGAUGCCAUGAGGAUCAUUGGCUUCUCGCCCGCCGAGGUGACAGCGCUGCUGCAGGUGACGGCCGUGGUGCUCAAGCUGGGCAACGUGAAGCUGAACGGCAGCUUCCAGGCCAGUGGGAUGGAAGCCUGCAGCAUUGCCGACCCACAGGAGCUGCAGGAGAUCUGUGAGUUGAUCGGGCUGGACCCCAGCGUGCUGGAGAAGGCUCUGUGCUCCCGCACUGUGAAGGCACGGAAUGAGAUGGUGCUCACCCCCCUCAGCGUCCCCCAGGGCUACCACAGUCGGGAUGCACUGGCCAAGAACAUCUACAGCCGCCUCUUUGACUGGCUGGUGGGACGGAUCAACACCAGCAUCCAGGUGAACCCAGGCAAGCAGAGGAAGGUGAUGGGUGUCCUGGACAUUUAUGGCUUUGAGAUCUUCCAGGACAACAGCUUUGAGCAGUUCAUCAUCAACUACUGCAAUGAGAAGCUGCAGCAGAUCUUCAUCCUGAUGACCCUGAAGGAGGAGCAGGAGGAAUAUGUUCGAGAGGGUAUCAAGUGGACCCCAGUGGAGUUUUUUGACAACAGCAUCAUCUGCAACUUAAUAGAGAACAGCAAGGGUGGGAUCCUGGCCAUGCUGGAUGAGGAGUGUCUGCGACCUGGCGUGGUCAAUGAGGACACGUUCCUCACCAAGCUCAACCAGCUCUUUGCCAACCACAAGCACUAUGAGAGCAGGGAGACCCAGAACACCCGGCACAUCAUGGAUGCCAGCCUGCCACCACAGUGCUUCCGCAUCCACCACUACGCUGGCAAGGUCACCUACAACGUGACAGGCUUCAUUGAGAAGAACAAUGACCUGCUCUUCCGAGACCUCUCCCAGGCCAUGUGGGCUGCCCAGCACACGCUGCUGCACUCCCUCUUCCCCGAGGGGGACCCCCAAAAGGUGUCCCUCAAGCUGCCCCCGACCGCCGGCUUCCAGUUCAAGACCUCGGUGGCAACGCUGAUGAAAAACCUCUACUCCAAGAACCCCAACUACAUCAGGUGCAUCAAGCCCAACGAGACCAAAUCAGCGAUGCUGUUCACGCCGGAGCUGGUGCUGGCACAGGUGCGGUACCUGGGGCUGAUGGAGAAUGUGCGGGUGCGGCGGGCGGGCUACGCCUUCCGCCAGCUCUACGGCUCCUUCCUGGAACGCUACAAGAUGCUGUGUCCCCGGACCUGGCCCCGCUGGGCUGGCAGUGAGAGGGAGGGGGCUGAGCUGCUGCUGGCUGAGCUGCCGUACCCCCCCGAGGAGCUGGCCUUUGGCCACACCAAGAUCUUCAUCCGCUCACCACACACCCUCUUCGACAUGGAGAAGCGGCGCCAGGACCGUGUGAACCAGCUCGUCACCCUCAUCCAGAAGAUGUUCCGGGGCUGGCGGUGCCGGACUCAGUACCAGCUGAUGCGCAAGAGCCAGAUCCUCAUCUCUGCCUGGUUCCGAGGCCAUUCUCAAAAGAACAAGUACAAGCAGAUGAAGCGGUCGGCUCUGCUCAUCCAGGCGUAUGCACGUGGCUGGAAGUCUCGCCGGCUCCUCCGGGAGCUGAAGUCCCAGCGCCAGCGCCACACGGCUGCCACCACCAUCACAGCUUACUGGAGAGGGUAUCAGGUCCGACGGGCGUACAGGAGAUAUUUCCGUUCUGGGGCCGGCACCCGCUUGGCCAACUUCAUCUACCGGCAGCUGGUGCAGAAGUUCCUGGUGGGACUGGAGAGGAACCUUCCAUCGCUGUCGGUGAUGGACAAGACCUGGCCCCCCCCACCCUACAAAUUCCUGACUAACGCCAACCAGGAGCUGAGGGACAUCUUCUACCGAUGGAAGUGCAAGAAGUACCGGGAGCAGCUGACACCUCAGCGCAGGGCCCUGCUGCAGACCAAGCUCUGUGCCAGCGAGCUCUUCAAGGACAAGAAGACACUCUACUCCAAAAGCCUGCAGCAGCCCUUCCAGGGUGAGUACCUGGGGCUGACGAAGAACCCCAAGUACCAGAAGCUCCACGCUGUGGCCAAGGACAAGCUGGUGAUGGCUGAAACCGUGAGGAAGGUGAACAGAGGCAAUGGCAAGACAGUCCCACGCCUGCUGCUGCUGACCACUGAGCACCUGAUCCUGGCAGACCCCAAGGCUGCUCAGCCCAAGACGGUGCUCAGCCUGAGCAACAUCCAGAGGGUCUCUGUCACACGCUUCUCUGAUGGCUUCCUGGCCCUGCACCUCAAGGAGACCUCCACAGGGGGGAACAAGGGCGACUUCUUGCUCAUCAGCGACCACCUCAUCGAGCUCCUCGCCCGCCUGCACCAGACCCUGAUGGACACCAUGGCCCAGGCGCUGCCCUUGAACAUCACAGACCGGUUCUCCACCCACUUCCAGAAGGGCGAUGUGGCUGUCACAGUGGUGGAGUCACCCCAGGCGGGUGGCACCAUCCCCAUCUGCAAGAAGCGGGGCAGCAACAAGAUGGAGGUCCUGGUGCACUGAAGGGACCCCCACAAGCCCCCAUUCUGCCCUUCCCCCCCAUGCCAGGUCCUUGCUCCACCCAGGAAUCGCUGCAAACCCAAUAAAGAGCUG